CAAUGUAGCAGACAACGAGCUCACAAAACACGAAAAUGCCGAUUCCAUCAACAAACAACUCAACGACAAAUGAAAGAAUUUUAGUCGAUGAUUUACCCUAUGUAGACCAAGAAUAUGGAGAUCCGGUUCUUCGAGAAGCGGCCCUGGCGUUGGUUGAUGAAGAGACUCGGAGGUACAGACCAACAAAGAAUUACCUAGAACAUCUGCCUCCUCUUGAACUUUCAUCUUUUGAAACACCUCUUAUGAAAACCGAAUUUGAGCGCCUAUCUCAAAAGAAACCUAUGGAUGUUUUAAGUAUGAAACGCUAUGAACUUCCUCCACCUUCUGCUGGUCGCCUCAAUGAUCUGCAAGCAUGGAUAGAAUGUGUGGAUAAUUCUAUGGCUCAGCUUGAGCAUCAGACAACUAGGAUUUUGAACCUGGAAUUGAUGUCAGAAUAUGGCUGUGAAUCAUGGAGAAUCUACAACACUGUACUAUCCCAGAUGAUCUCCCAAUCACAAAAGCAACUUCAAGAGUUAAAGAAACAGAUUCAAGAUGUCAAUUGGGCUAGAAAGAAGGAUCAGACAGAGGCUGGAGAAAAAAUGAAACACUUGGAAGCCACUUGGUUUGGUUUGAUCACUAAAAACUACGAAAUAGAACUCGCGUGUGCUGAAAUUGAGAGACAGUUGGCUUCACUGAACGAAUAAAAUCCAUUGUAAACGUACUCAUCGAAUUCGAUUAAUACACUGCAACAACAAAA